AGAGAAGGCACAGGAUGGAAAACUCAUCAUGAAUUGUUAGGGCAUGUUGAGUUGUUUCUGUCCAUGCCUGCAGUCAGAUGAUUUCACUGGCUGUACAAGAUGAAAUCUCAUAUUUCAAUGUAUAAGUAAAAGUGUCAAAGUUCAGCUGAGGCAGGGACGAAUACAGAGCAAAUUUUGUGCGUGUUUGUAACUAGGGCACCAGAGCAAUAGAAGAAGCCAAAAUGAGCCGGAAAAGCAAAGGGAGUUUAAAGGAGAAAUUUGCCUUGAAGAACAGCUUGGUUAAAGAAGCCCUCUCCGAAUUCCUGGGAACUUUUAUAUUGAUACAGCAUGGUUACUGCCUGACAAACAUUGUACAGCCUUGAAUGAAUUGCUUCUAUUUAUGGCACUUGGAUGCGGGUGUGUGGGACAGGCUGUCCUUAGCCGAGGAGCCCAUGGCGGGCCCAUGACAGUAUCAGUUGGAUUUGCAAUGGCAGUCACCAUAGCAGUGUAUGUCUCUGGGGGAGUUUCUGGUGGUCACAUAAACCCAGCCGUUUCAUUAGCCAUGUGCGUGACUGGAAGAUUAAAAUGGACCAAAUUACCAAUUUACAUAUUAGCACAACUCCUGGGAGCAUUUGUUGGAGCAGCGGCUGUCUUUGGGAUUUAUUAUGAUGCCUUUAUGGAGUAUAGCAAUGGAACACUUGAAGUCACAGGGCCUAACGCAACAGCACAUAUCUUUGCAACAUAUCCAGCUCCAUAUCUGUCCCUCAUAAAUGGAUUUGCAGAUCAGGUGAUGUCAACAGCUGUUCUUCUUCUGGCUAUAUUUGCUAUUUUUGACACCAGAAAUAACAGUGUACCGAAGGGCUUGGAGCCAAUUGCAGUAGGACUUCUUAUAAUUGUUCUUACUUGCUCCUUGGGAAUGAACAGUGGCUGUGCCAUGAACCCGGCCAGGGAUCUAGGCCCAAGGCUCUUCACAGCCAUUGCAGGAUGGGGGAUGGAAGUAUUCACGGCUGGAAAUAAUUGGUGGUGGGUCCCUGUAGCUGCACCUAUGCUGGGAGGUGUACUUGGAGCAAUGAUCUAUAUUGUUUUUAUUGAAAUUCAUCACUCAGAUACUCAGCCAGGAGAAGAAAAUGACAUGUAUGAUAAAUACGAACUGACCAAUAUGGAGUAAAAAGUGAAGAAUUUUCUCUCUUUUUGUUGUGCAGUUUUUAUGCAAAUGAUUGUUUGGACCAUUUUAUAAAACCUGUAUGUCUUGAUUAGAAAUUCACAUUUCAAAGCAG